AUGUUUAAGUCAUUCUUCAGCGAGCUGGCGUCGUAUGAACGCGAACUGGGAAUUCGUUGGAGCGACCAACGAUUGGAGUGGGAUUUUUGGACAGCACUUCUUUUUGCUGGGACUGUUUGUACAACUAUAGGCUAUGGUCACAUUUAUCCCAUCACAAAUAUCGGCAAAAUUCUCACUAUGAUAUUUGCCUUAUUCGGUAUUCCAUUGAUGUUACUGGUCUUGCAAGAUAUUGGUAAACUCUUAACAAUCUCUAUGAAAUACCCAUGGUUUCAAACAAAACGAAUUACCAGGCGGAUUUUGAGGUGCUGCACAAAACAAUCUCUGCGAGAAAUGCGUGAAAUUGAAGAGUGUGAGCGACAAGAUCUUGAAAUAUUCGAUCUUCCUCUAGUCGUUGGUGUUUCCUUGAUAUUCGGCUGGGUAGGUUCUGAUUUGCUCCUUGGUGUUAUCUGUCUGGGAUCAGAAGUGGACGUUACUUGA